CACCGCCGGAGGUGGCCGGGGCCGUAGCUGGCGACGACCGGGGUUCGGCCCGCGGGGCUCUGCUGGGCGGGGAGUGCCGGGGGCUGAGCGGGGCCGGCCCGCAGCCCGCCUUGGAGCCGCCUCUCUCCUCAGCCCUGCGGGUGAGGCUGUGCCGGGCGGGGUUUCGGAGCCCGGGAUCGGACGAGCUGGGUGCAGCAGCCGGGGCAGAGCAAGAAAAACCACAAUGACGACUGUGAGGUAUGAACAGGGGUCAGAGCUCACUGAAGCUUCGAGCUCUCCAAAAGCAAAUGAGCCCACGAUAAAGAUUGAUGAUGGUCGUGAUGAGGAUAAUGAACAGGACAGCUGUUCCAAUACCAUUAGGAGAAAAAUUUCCCCGUUUGUGAUGUCAUUUGGAUUCAGAGUAUUUGGGGUUGUGCUUAUCAUUGUGGACAUCGGAGUUGUGAUUGUGGAUCUGGCCAUCAGUGAGAAGAAAAGAGGCAUUAGAGAGAUUCUUGAAGGUGUUUCCCUGGCUAUAGCACUCUUCUUCCUCGUUGAUGUUCUCAUGAGAGUGUUUGUUGAAGGCUUCAAGAACUAUUUCCGCUCCAAACUGAAUACUUUAGAUGCACUCAUAGUAGUGGGCACUCUGCUAAUUAAUAUGACCUACUCCUUCUCUGACCUUGCUGCCACAGAUCAGAUGCCAAGAAUGGUUACUCUCCUUCGAGUUCUGAGAAUUGUCAUCUUAAUAAGAAUAUUUCGCCUGGCUUCACAGAAGAAACAACUUGAAGUGGUAACCAGAAGAAUGGUCUCUGAAAACAAAAGGCGUUACAUGAAAGAUGGCUUUGAUCUGGAUCUCACUUAUGUUACUGAUCGUGUUAUUGCAAUGUCUUUUCCAUCUUCUGGGAAGCAGUCUUUCUAUAGGAAUCCUAUAGAGGAAGUUGCAAGGUUUUUGGACACCAAGCAUGCAGACCACUAUAAAGUCUACAAUCUCUGCAGUGAAAAAGGCUAUGACCCUAAGUACUUCCACUACAGGGUAGAAAGGAUCUUUAUUGAUGACCACAAUGUUCCAGCAUUACAGGACAUGCUGAAAUUCACUGCCAGUGUCAGUGAAUGGAUGAGUCAAGAUGAGAAGAAUAUCAUAGCAAUUCACUGUAAAGGAGGCAAGGGUAGAACUGGAACAAUGGUCUGUACCUGGCUUAUACACAGUGACCAAUUUGAGAGUGCAAAGGAGAGUUUGGACUACUUUGGGGAAAGAAGAACUGACAGAACUACAAGUACCAAAUUUCAAGGAGUUGAAACUCCAUCCCAGAGUAGGUAUGUUGGGUAUUAUGAGAUCCUGAAAAACAAGUAUAACUUCAAACUCCCACCAGAGAGACAACUCAAAAUAAAAAACCUCAAAAUCCACUCUAUACAUGGAGUUGGGAAAGGCAAUGGAACUGAUAUGAAGGUGCAGAUAAUAAUGAAAAAGCAAGUUGUGUUGGAAUGUGUGUGUGCCACUCAAGGGAACUGCAAGCUCUUCUUUGAUUCUGAAAGUGACUCUGUAGUCAUUGGCUUGGAAGACAGCCCUGUUAUAAGUGGUGAUGUGAAAGUCAGAUUUGAAUCUAACUCUGAUCUUCCAAAAGGCUAUGAUAACUGCCCAUUUUUCUUCUGGUUCAACACUUCCUUUAUUGAAAAUAACAGACUGUACCUUCCCAGGAACGAGCUGGAUAACCCUCACAAGUCAAAAACAUGGAAAGUCUACAGUGAGACGUUUGCUGUAGAGAUGAACUUUACUGAGCUGUAAGGGAAAGCUGAAAGAAGGAAAAUACUUUAACUCAUCUCCUGUCCUGAUGAUGCCUUGCUGCUUCAGUGUAGUGAAGCGGUCUCACUUUGUACUUAAUGUAUUUCUAUGUAGAUACAGCUUCUCAAAUAAACUGACCUGAAGUUC